UCAAUACAAAGAAAAGAAGAAAAUGCUACCCAACCUACCAAACUAGCUGACGAUUGUUUACCUAAAGUGAAGGCUAAAUAGAGAAUUUAUGGAGCGAGCAGAGCAAGAAAUAAGAUUAAACAGAUCAGAGAUGAAGAAAGUGGAGCUGAUAUUUGUUCCAGCACCAGGAGUGGGCCACUUGGUGUCAACUGGUGAAUUCGCAAAGCGUCUUAUCCAUUUCGAUCAUCGAAUAUCAGUCACUAUUCUUUCCAUGAAAUGGUUUCCGGGUUUUGCCGAUGCCUACACCGAAUCGCUUGCUGCUUGCGAACCCGAUCGAAUCCACAUAAUGCACCUUCCUCAGGUAGAUCUUCCCUCACUAGAUCUUUAUAAAUUAUCACCAGAAGCCUUUUUCUAUGAAGCCAUCCAAAACUACUUUGUCCCCGUGAGAAAUGCAGUCAGGGAUAUUAUGUCCAUGACAUCUACUUUGGAUCCGGAUUCGGGUUCAGUCCGAGUUGCAGGAUUAGUUCUUGAUUUGUUCUGUUCCCCCAUGGUUGAUAUCGCUACAGAAUUGGGUCUUCCUUCUUAUAUAUACUUAACCACAAAUGCUGCCUUCUUUGGCCUGAUGCUGUACCUAUCAACCCGACAUCUCCAGAACAGCUCGGUAUUUGAAUACCCGAAACCCGAGACUGGAAACACGGAUCUUGAACAUUUGAUCCCAGGAUUUGUAAAUCCCGUCCCUUCACGUGUUCUGCCUUCCUUUGUGUUCAACAAGGAUGGAGGUUAUAACGCACUUGUCAAGAUUGCUGAAAAGUUCGGGCUUGCCAAUGGAAUCAUUGUAAAUACGUUUGAAGAGCUUGAGACUUAUGCUGUUAAUUGUUUUUACAAUGGGCAAAACCCUCCAAUUUAUCCAGUUGGACCAGUAAUUCACCUCAACAGUUUGUCUCACCCUGAGUUGGACCAGGUCCAACGCGACAAGAUUAGGAAAUGGCUCGAUAAUCAGCCUGAAUCAUCAGUGGUUUAUCUUUGCUUCGGAAGCAUGGGUAGCCAUGUACCACUCCAAGCGAAAGAAAUAGCACUUGGGCUAGAGAAGAGUGAGCGUAGGUUCUUAUGGUCCUUCCAUAUGCCACCGCCACAAAAUGAUGCUGCCGGAACUGUUCAUUACAAGAAUCCUGAGGAAAUGUUGCCACAAGGAUUCAUGGAAAGGAUUCAAGAGAAAGGGAUGAUAUGCGGGUGGGCACCGCAGCUGGAGGUGCUCGGCCACAGGGCAGUAGGAGGGUUUGUAUCUCAUUGCGGUUGGAACUCGAUCCUGGAAAGCUUGUGGUGUGGAGUUCCGAUAGUAACAUGGCCAAUGCAUGCAGAACAACAACUGAAUGCAUAUAUGAUGAAGGAGAUGGGAUUGGCGGUAGUGAUGAAGUUGGAUUUUAGGGGAGGGACAAGUGAAGUUGUGACGGCAAAAGAGAUAGAGGAAGGCGUGCGGCAGAUUAUGGAUGCAGGCAGCGAGGUUAGGAAGAAAGUGAAGGAAAUAGCUGGGAUGGCUAGGAAGGCUGUUACUGAAGGUGGAUCUUCAUUUAAUUCAAUUGGAAGAUUCAUAGAGGAUAUGAUAGGCAACACCUGAUAUCUAUGCUAUACAUGUAGGUUACUGUAGUGUAUAUUGAAAAUAAACCCUGCAAAUGCAUCCUUGUUAUGGAAACUAAUGACGGUGCUAUUUGAACAUGGAUGUGAGUGUUUGAUAUGUUGAGUGAUUUUCUUGUGUAUUGUAUUAAGUCAUCGUCAAGUAGUUCCUCUGGUGAACUUGUACCAUCAAAUGGAAUGUUAAAGCCGCCGUAGAAUGAGGGA